AUGACAAACUUAGAAAACAUCUGCGGUAAAUUUAACUCCUCAAUAGAGAAUAUGAAACUUAUAGUUUGCAAUGAACUUCAAAGUAUAGAUACAACAAAAGUUUUGAACUCAGAUGCUUUGAAGAGUCUUAUAACAGACAAAGUUGGAGUUGUUGAAAGAAAGUAUAAAGACCAAAGAGUUUGUGAAAAUGUUGCAAACUUCAUUAUGGUUUCAAACAAUGUUGUUCCGAUGAAGUUAGAAAGUUCUGACAGAAGAUAUGUAGUUGUCAGAACGUCAGAUUCUCAUAUGCAAGAUACAGAAUAUUUUGACGACUUAGCAGAAACUUUGACAUCUGACUUUUACAACCACUUGUUCUCAUAUUUCAUGACAUUAGAUAUUUCUAAGUUCAAUCCAAGACAAAUUCCACAUACCGAAGAGAGACAAACAUUGUUAGAAGCAAACAAGAGUGUAUAUGAACUGUUCAUAGAUGAAACUGACUUUGUGUCAUUAGAUGAAAGGUCAUUGUACGAUUCGUAUAAACAAUAUUGUCAAGAAUAUGGUUAUAUGGCAGCUUCUAAACGAACAUUCUUGGCAAAUGUCAAAAGUCUUUUAGAUGUUCAGAAUGGUGUAUAUACAAAGAAAAAUUUUUCUGAGUAA